UACUGGUGAAGGUCUCAGGAAGGACUGCAGCUGCCUGAGGCUGGCUCCUGUGGAUGGUUUGUCUGUAAGGCUUGCAUGCACUUUCGUCUUUGGGGCACCAGCGAUUUGCACUAAUGACAACCACAUUGCGGAGGGGAAGGCUCCCUCUACUCCCUCUACAGUUUUUGGAACGUGGAUUUCUGGAAUUCAGAGCUGGAUUCGGGGUCUCCCUCAGGAUGUGGGGAUUGUUCUCCAACUGCAACACAAUCCUUUUCCAAAUUGUAUGAUCUCAGAUGAAUCAUACAUCGGGAAAGGAACCAGAUAUCACGGGAUAAGUCAGCACUUCUUCAUAUUUGGGGUUCUUGGGUAUACAUUGAGUAUCCGCCGGGAAGGAAAGUUUCCAGGAAUAAUGGCACAUGUCUCAAGGACAUCCCUAAUUUUGGGAUGUAUCCUAAUAAUUGGCCCGGGGCUAAUUCAUGGUGAGCUUCCUUUACCAGUAAUUUCCCCAGAAAUGGAGGAAAUGGUGGUACGAUUGAAUGACCACUUUUCCAUAAGGUGCAUGGGUGAAAGUGAGCUUAACUGGCAUUACCCCACUUACGAAAGUGAAGAGGAUGGUGUUGACCAUGUUGGCAUUCACAGUGAAGAAAAUAAUAGCGGCUUCUUUGUGUCGGUGUUAGAAGUGAGGAACGCUUCUGUCCAACAUACGGGAACCUACACCUGCUAUUACAAUCACACUCAAGCUGAAGAGAUCGAAGGCACAGACAUCUAUAUUUAUGUUCCAGAUACUGCAGUGCCCUUUGUCCCUUCGUUUAUGCUUGACCAUUUCAUUGUGGUGGAAGAAGAUGAAUCUGCCAUCGUUCCAUGCCGUACCACGGAUCCCACCAGCCAAGUGACUUUGAGGAACAAAGAGCAGAACCGGACAGUCAAUGCUUUCUAUGACAGCAAGCAAGGCUUUGUUGCAAACUUGCAAUCAGGUUCCUACAUCUGUGAAACAAUGGUCAAUGGUGUGCUCUUCAAGACAGCUGAUUUCAUCCUACAAACAUGGAAAGCGAGUAAUGACAUCAACGUGGAGAUGGAGGCUCCAAAAACGGUUUUCAGAUCAGGAGAAACCAUCACUAUUUCCUGUGUUGUCCUAGAGAACGAGGUGGUUGAUUUGCGGUGGUCUUAUCCUGGAGAACAGAGAAGAAGCGGUAUUAGAAAAGUUGAAGAAACCAAGAAGCCUCAACAGAGGUUAGAAUAUACACUGACCAUACCAAAUGUCACAGUGCUGGAUUCCGGGGAAUACGAGUGUGCCGUUUUCCAGGCUAUAGGGGAUAACGAAGAAGUAAAGAAGAUAAACAUAACUGUCCAUGAUAAAGGGUUUAUAAAUCUCAACACCAACAUCGGAUUGUUGGAAUUUGCAAAAAUCCAUGAAGUGAAAAGUUUCUCAGUGGAUGUACAUGCUUAUCCGGCACCAAAAGUGGUCUGGCUGAAAGACAACGUAACACUGAAUGACAGCCUGACGGAAAUCACCACCAGCACUGUCCGGACUCAGGAAGCUAAGUACAUAAGCACACUGAAACUUAUUCGUGCCAAGGAGGAAGAUAACGGGAUAUACACACUUGUCGUUCAAAAUGAUGCUGAAAUCAGAAAUUACUCAUUUGAGUUGCAAAUUAAAGUUCCUGCUUUGAUAUUACAUUUGGUGGAUGAUCACCAUGAUUCUUCUGGCCAGCAAACGGUAGAAUGCCUAGCUAAAGGGAUGCCUGUACCCAGUUUGGAAUGGUUGGUUUGCAAGGAUAUAAAAAGGUGCAAUAAUGACACAUUCUGGUCCGUUUUGAUAACCAAUGGUUCAGAAAUCAUUGAAGAGACUCAUCCAGACAAUGAGAACCGAGUGGAGAGUCAGGUGACCUUCAAGAAAGUGGAGGAGACAAUAGCAAUCCGCUGCAUAGCCAGGAAUGACCUUGGGGUUGCUGAAAGGGAGCUGAAAUUGGUCGCACCUACUCUGCGCUCGGAACUAACAGUGGCCGCUGCAGUGCUGGUUCUGCUGGUGAUAGUCAUCAUAUCCCUUAUUGUUCUCGUCAUCAUAUGGAAACAGAAACCAAGAUAUGAAAUAAGAUGGCGGGUCAUAGAGUCAAUAAGUCCUGAUGGCCAUGAGUAUAUCUAUGUAGACCCAAUGCAACUGCCCUACGAUUCACGAUGGGAAUUUCAAAGAGAUGGGCUUGUCCUUGGUCGAAUCCUUGGAUCUGGUGCCUUUGGGAAAGUAGUGGAAGGCACUGCGUAUGGGCUAAGUCGCUCCCAGUCUGUGACGAAAGUAGCUGUGAAAAUGCUUAAACCCACAGCUAGAUCCAGUGAGAAGCAGGCUCUGAUGUCUGAACUGAAGAUAAUGACACAUCUCGGAGCUCAUCUAAACAUAGUGAACUUACUGGGAGCAUGUACCAAAUCAGGACCCAUUUACAUUAUUACGGAAUACUGCAUUUAUGGGGACCUGGUGAAUUAUCUGCACAAGAACCGGGAUAACUUUCAGAGUCGCCAUCCAGAGAAGCAAAAGAAAGAUCUUGAUAUUUUUGGUCUUAACCCAACUGAUGAUAGCACCAGAAGCUAUGUAAUUUUAUCCUUUGAAAAUAAUGGUGACUAUAUGGAUAUGAAACAGGCGGACACUACCCAGUAUGUACCGAUGCUAGAGAUGAAUGAGGCAUCUAAGUAUUCUGAUAUUCAGAGAUCUUUGUAUGACCGUCCCGCAUCUUACAAGAAGAAGCCUAUUGCAGAAGUGAAAAACCUGCUUUCGGAUGAUGGCUUUGAAGGACUGACCCUACUGGACUUACUCAGCUUCACAUACCAGGUUGCCCGUGGCAUGGAGUUCUUAGCAUCUAAGAAUUGUGUGCACCGUGACUUGGCUGCUCGCAAUGUCCUACUGGCACACGGGAAAAUCGUGAAGAUCUGUGAUUUUGGUCUGGCCAGAGACAUAAUGCAUGACUCCAAUUAUGUUUCAAAGGGCAGCACAUUCCUCCCUGUAAAAUGGAUGGCACCAGAAAGUAUCUUUGAUAAUCUCUACACAACUCUGAGUGAUGUGUGGUCAUUUGGCAUCCUGCUUUGGGAAAUAUUUUCUCUUGGUGGAACGCCAUACCCAGGGAUGGUUGUGGAUUCUACUUUCUAUAACAAGAUAAAAAGUGGCUACAGGAUGGCAAAACCAGAUCAUGCCACCCAUGAAGUGUAUGACCUCAUGGUGAAGUGCUGGAAUAGUGAGCCAGAGAAGAGACCUUCUUUCUAUCAACUGAGUGAAAUAGCUGAGAGCCUCCUACCUGGUGAAUACAAAAAGUGUUACGAGAAAAUUCUUCAUGACUUCUUAAAAAGCGACCAUCCCGCGGUCACCCGCAUGAGAAGUGAUAGUGACAAUUCCUACAUUGGCGUGACCUACAAGAAUGAGAACAAGAUGAAGGACAGAGAGAGCGGAUUCGAUGAACAGAGACUUAGCGCUGACAGUGGCUACAUCAUUCCUCUCCCCGACAUUGACCCGGUCUCAGAUGAUGAGUCAGGCAAGAGAAACAGGCACAGUUCUCAAACAUCUGAUGAAAGUGCGAUCGAAACAGGUUCCAGCAGUUCUACAUUCGUCAAGAGAGAGGAUGAGACCAUUGAAGAUAUUGAAAUGAUGGACGACAUUGGAAUAGAUUCAUCGGAUCUCGUUGAGGACAGCUUCCUUUAAGACAUGUGUCUCAGAUUUCGCUCACCAUACCAUGAAGUUAUAAGAGAAAGGCUGUGAAGUCCAGGGAUUUCUAUUUUUUUACUAAGAAAACCACUUUAUUGCAAUGGACAAUGUGACAAUGAACAAUUUGCCUUGCUGACCACUCGGUACUUCUGACAACUUUAAGUGCACCUACAGGUACCAACUGGAAUUAUUGGCUGUUGUGGAGGCCAACGUUCUAAGCUCUUCCCUGUGCAUUUUAUCAAGCGGUACAUCGUAGCAUCUCAGUAUAUUCUUCUUAUAUUUUUUUAUAUUUUUGGAAGGACAUGAAACCGGUAGCUUCAAGGGCAUUCCUGACAACAAGAAACUGACAACAAUCUACAGCUGAAUUUCAUCAAUGUAAUUAUGUAAAUAUGGAAUAAAUGAACAUAUUAUUUGAACUAACAAGAAGAGACCACUCGAGAAUUAUGUGUGCUAUAUUUCUUACUGGGGGCUGCUGUUACACAAGGGUCAAAAACUUUUCAAACCACUUUAAGAGACUGAAGAAAGCUCAGAAAAAAACAAACACUUUUUUUUAAAUGCAAUAUGAAGCAUUUGGCAAACAGAAUUUUAGCCAUCAAUACUAUCAUAAAUGUUGUUCUGUGCAAAUAACAAUGUUUUAGCAUUAAUACUAGAUGUAUUUUUGAUAACCCAUGGUAAUUCAUUGAAAGUAUUAUUUGUUAACAAGCCAAUGGACUCUAAGGACUAAAUAGUCUAACAUAAAGCAAACAUUUUUGUGCUGUGUAUUAAUACAGAUUAAAUAAUGCUUAAAGCAGGAUGCGGCUAAUAUGCAAUAGAACUGAUGUUUGACUUAGGAGAAAACUAUUGACCACUACAGUAUGAAUUGAAAGAGUGUUACUAAAACAGAAAGUAAUCUGCUGUAGUAUAGUAUUUUAUUUUUUUUUAAACUUUGUUUUUAAAACUUUACUAUGUAAAUGCAACUAAUAGCAUUUAACUGUAUUUCAUUACACUAAAACUUAUGAUCGCUUCUACCAGGUUUGGCGUUAUAUCAAUCAACAGCCCUCUUGGUGCCCAUAAAAUACCUUUUUGUUAGCAUGGUUGAGAAGCCCAGUCUCAAUAGAUCCUAAUGGUGGAAGGCGAACAUUCUGAAUUGCAUGAUAUGGUUUUAACAUAUGUGAGGAGAUAGCUGGAAAUUCUAUUUUGGUUCUUUAAGACUACAUGGUAUGAUUCACUCAUUCAAUGACUUAUUCUGCCAUCAGUAUUAGUGCAUUUAUAGUUCUUGAUAUAGGCCAUAAUUUAAGAGACAUAUAUGUAACUUAAUAUUUUAAGUCACAUUUAAAAUGGCCAUAUUUGGUAAGUGGGGCACCCACUAUACAUAUGUUUUGAGGAAUAUGAUGCACAUUUGAGUGCCAUGAAAUUUGAAUGACAGAUCCUUCUGUUGCAGAUCACUACCUAGAUAACCGUUAUUCAAUUGUUAUUUCUAAUGAUUAACCUUAUACAAAAACUGGCCAUAUAUACAAAAUAAACUGGAAAAUGGUUCAAAGAACCAAUUAAAUGGACCAAAUGUAAUUCUUUUUUUGUUUAAUAUAUUUUUCGAGGUUUGGGAUUGUGGUUUUAUUCUCCCGCCAAACCACAAUUACAGAUUCUCUUUUUAAUAGAAGAAGUUAUAUUAUAAUCUUCUUCGUCAUCUUUAAAAUGCAAUCUCAUAUUUUCCAGUAAACACUGCUCUGUUCUAGAACAUGAAUAGAUACUUCAUUAAAUGGGGUUUGUGUUAAAUAGUCCUACUCUCUAUUGAAGGACGUAAGCUAAGAUGAUGUUAUACAUCAAUUUGUAUAUUUUAUUACAAUAUAGUCCUUAAAUACUGCCAAAACAAUUAUGUUAAGCUGUAUCACUGCCUUUGUUUAUAUGUGUUUUGACUAUGAUGUACUCCACAGAUGCGUUAACUGUUGCACUUUUAAAUGUCCAAAUUUAUAUUUUAGAAUAAUAAAAACCUAUGUGUUUCUAAGAUUUAA